AUGACAGGCCAGGUGCUGGAGGAGAGCACAGAUCUCACAGCCCACAGGCUCUCAGUCAAGACCUCAAUGGAGGAGGACUCUGAGAGAGCAGACAGCACGCUGAGCCGUGGGCCGUCUAUAUGUGACGACACAUCUUCGGAACUGCAGCGGGUCGCCACGCUUGAGCCUCGUGGCCUGAACUCCCGGAACUCCUUCCGUGGAAGAGGAGCCCUAUCACGGUUGGUGAGUAUGGUGGUGACACUCCGGGAAUGGGCCCAUAAGAGUCUCCAGGAAGAGGAGGAGAGGCCAGACUCUUUCCUGGAGCGUUUCCGUGGGCCCGAGCUUCGCAUGGCUCCUAGCCGCAUCAGCAGCAACAGGCCGGACCAGCACAACUCGGACAGCGGCAACAAAACAAAGAAGAAGUCAGAUGCGUUCAUCCUUGCGCCAGCAGAUGACUUGUACUACCACUGGCUGCUUGUCAUUGCCACAGCUGUACUGUACAACUGGUGCCUCCUGGUGGCCAGGGCCUGCUUUGAUGAGCUUCAAACCAACAACUACAUUGUGUGGCUGGUUCUGGAUUACCUCUCUGAUCUCGUCUACAUACUGGACACCUGUGUGAGACUGAGAACAGGUUUCCUGGAGCAGGGUCUUCUGGUGAAGGACCUCAAAAAGUUAAGAGAUACUUACAUCCGUACCCUCCAGUUUAAGUUAGACCUCCUGUCCAUCCUCCCCACAGACUUGGCCUACAUUGCUACUGGCAUCCAUGUGCCGGAGCUGCGCUUCAAUCGCCUGAUGCGUUUCUCCCGAAUGUUCGAAUUCUUCGACCGCACAGAAACUCGCACAAGCUACCCCAACACAUUUCGCAUCAGCAACCUGGUGCUCUACAUCCUGGUCAUCAUCCACUGGAAUGCCUGCAUCUACUUCGCCAUCUCAAAGUCUCUCGGCUUCGGCUCGGACCAGUGGGUCUACCCCAACAUGUCUGACCCGGAGUUUGGCACCCUGACAAGAGAAUACGUCUACUGUCUCUACUGGUCCACCCUCACGCUCACCACGAUAGGGGAAAUGCCCGCGCCGGUGCGUGACGAGGAGUACCUCUUUGUGAUCUUUGACUUCCUAGUUGGCGUGCUUAUCUUUGCCACCAUCGUUGGCAAUGUAGGAUCCAUGAUAUCCAACAUGAACGCCACACGUGCCGAGUUCCAGGCCCGCAUUGAUGCCAUCAAGCACUACAUGCAGUUCCGCAAGGUCAGCAAAGAGCUGGAGGCUCGGGUCAUUAAAUGGUUCGACUACCUGUGGACCAACAAGAAAGCCAUUGACGAGCAAGAGGUGCUCAAGAACCUUCCCAACAAGCUGCGGGCGGAAAUCGCGAUCAACGUGCACCUGGAGACUCUGAAGAAGGUGCGGAUCUUCCAGGACUGUGAAGCCGGCCUCUUGGUGGAGCUCGUUCUCAAGCUGCGGCCUCAGGUCUUCAGCCCUGGUGACUACAUUUGUCGGAAAGGUGACAUCGGUAAGGAGAUGUACAUCAUCAAGGAGGGUCGGUUGGCCGUGGUGGCUGAUGACGGGGUGACGCAGUUUGCCCUCUUGACGUCUGGCAGCUGCUUCGGUGAGAUCAGCAUCCUCAACAUCAAGGGCAGCAAAAUGGGCAACCGCCGCACAGCCAACAUCCGAAGCAUCGGCUACUCGGACCUCUUCUGCCUGUCCAAGGACGACUUGAUGGAAGCUGUGAUGGAAUACCCUGACGCCAAGAAGGUGCUGGAGGAGAGGGGACGGGAGAUCCUCAGGAAGGAGGGCCUGCUUGAAGAUCUGAGGGCAGGAGGGCUUACGGGGGAACAGAUGGAGGAGAAAGUGGAACGUCUGGAGGCGUCCCUGGAUACGCUGCAGACCCGCUUCGCCCGGCUGAUGGGAGAAUACUCGGCCACGCAACAGCGGCUCAAGCAGAGGCUGACCUCGCUGGAGAGCAGGAUGCAGCGCUCUGGAAGCGGAUUUCUGUCCGAUGGCAAUGAGAGCACUAUCGAUGGUGAUGGCACUCACAGUGAGGUCAACAUUCAGCUGUGAACGGAACUGAUUCUUACCCCAGGGUCUUAAUGAUCAUUGUGGACAAUAAUGAAGAUGCAAUAUUUGUUUUAGGUUAAGAUGCAAGGGCCCAUAUCUUCGAAAAAAAAA